AUGAUGACAUCGAAAAAACGAUGGACUUUGGUGCCAAGGAAAUGGUUCGGCUCUCUGGCGAAUGCUGCGCACAAACGCGAUCAAGAAAAACAAUCUCAAUUGGUUUCAUUAUCAUCAUCACAUUCAACUACACCACAUCGAUCCAGCGAGAGGAAUUCUACAAAUUUUGUAACACAGUACCAGCUACCAAGCUUUAGUACACGACGUGACAAAACUGCUACUAUUUCACCAGUUAACACAAUCUUUCGUCAGACAAAUAGUUUCGGAUCUAUACGUCAAGAAGCAUCGAUUCGUAAAUAUAAUCCGUUGACCGCCCCUCUAUCCAUUUGUACAGCACCAUCAAAGUUACGUAAGAAAGCUUCCCAUACGUCGGAUCUCCUUGUUUUACCACGUAUAUCUACUCCGAAUGAGUUCUCUCGUUCGACUAGUUCUAUUCGAAAACAAUCCAAUGCGUCUGAUCAAUGUUUACUUGAUUCUCAAUCGAAUUCUUCACGUCGAUGUAGUAAACGUUCAUUAUCCCUUACUCGCACUCAUUCGUCAUCAUCCAUGGGCAAUAACGACUCCUCAUCGAGUGGAAUCUUUUCAGAUAACCACAUCGAAUCAAAUGAACAUCAACUAUCGCGGUCAAAAGAUACAUCGUCAAAUUUAGAACUUCUAUCAACAGAAUCUUUCAAUGAAUCGCGGGCAUCCAUUCAGCCCUAUCGAUUGUCGAUUGUUUCAUUCGAAUCAACAGAUAGGCAAGUAUCCUAUCAAACGCUGAGUCAAUCAGCUACGGUUCAUUUUCAUCGUGUACAAAGUGCGGAACGUCGUCCGAAAGAUCAUGUCAAUAACCGACCGAUUAUAACAACGAAAUCUCGUCAGUCUUCUGCAGCUAUUAUUAAGAAGAUCGAAAAACGCAUUCCCACGCAACUGUCGACACCGAAUACAUUAGAGAAAACAAAUUUUAUUCGAAUUAGUAACGAUACCUACCGGUUAACGUCAAAUCGAGACAAUCAUCUCUAUCGUCGUCAACGUCCUAAUUCAUAUAUUCCACACUCUACCCACGAUGACUCGUUGCCUUCAGCAAAUAACGAAGACUCUUACGCUGAUUUACCUCGUACAAGCUCGACAGAGCAGCUUGAUAAAAAUCUACAGAACGAUCUUCGUGCUAUCGUCGACUCGAUCGAUCAUUCCAUCAUCACUUCCAGUGCAACGAAUGAAAAUCCUAAUUUCAUUCUCGAAAGUAUCACCGAUAAACUAUUAUCCAGUAUGGAUUCAUCGAUCUACGCUCAAUAUGAACGGUGCUAUUAA